AUGGUCCAAAAAGAAACAGUGCCCGCCACGCGGACGGCACGUGCUGGAGGGGCGGCGGCAGGCGCCGCAAAAUCAGCAACUCCGUCAGGAAAGAGUUUAAGAAGAACAUCAAACAAAAGGGCAGCUUCUGGAUUGAUACCAGGAAAGGAUGAUGGUCUUGCUAAUGGGGUGGCGACUGAGCAGCUGAAGCAACGGAAGAAGCCGCGACUGCAGCACCAGAGAGAGCAGCGGAAGCUGACACGAAUCCAGGUAAAGCAACAGCAGGAACAUUAUGAGCAGGAAAAAGUGCAGGAAAGUGGCCAGCAGGAGCAAGGGCAGCCAUUGCACCCGCAGCAGCUGGCAAAGCGGCAGCACCGACAAGGCCAUCCUCACAAGCGGCAAGAGCUCCUCAUGGACGAAUGCGAGGAACAGCAUUUGGCCACUGAAGAUGAAGUUCCUGCAGAGAGAGAAGCAUUUCCAUUGACAGAAAUAACAACAGAACCACCCGCAUCCACAUUGCCUGACUCUGCAUGUGAAGGCGCCCAAGAACUCGACAGAGCAGCAGCAAUCGACGCAGCAGCUGCAGCGGAUCCUUACCUGCUAGAGGAUGCGGAUUACCUUCGGCGAGAAACGCGGUGGCUAAAUCGCCAACGCGUUUUGCUGCUGGGUAGCCGAGGGAUUUCAGCCAGGUCGCGCCACCUCAUCGAAGACUUUAAGAAGCUCCUCCCUCACCACAAGUGUAACAGUGUGGUUUAUUUAGAGCAACGAAAGAAUGACGCGCUGCUACAUGUUGUCAAAGUGCCCCUUGGACCUACUUUCAUCGCCAGGCUGAUGAACGUGGAGACUCUCAACGAGGUGCGCUUGUCGGGCAACUGCUUGUUGCAUUCUCGGCCACUACUGAUAUUCGGGGUGGAGUUUGACAGAGAGCCUCACUUUCGGGUCUUGAAGGAACUUUUCAUGCAGGUGUUUGGAACUCCAAGAAAUCACCCCAGGUCCAAGCCAUUCUUUGAUCAUGCCAUGUCUUUCUUUGUGACUGACAACCGCAUUUGGUUCAGGCAUUACCAGAUUGCGCCGCUGGUAAUGGGCGAGGGGGGGGAUGCAAAUAACCCCCACGGGCAGACUUUCAUCGAGAUCGGGCCCCGCUUUGUACUGGACCCGGUUAAGAUUCUCGAGGGCAGUUUCUGCGGGAAAACCCUUUGGCGCAAUGCGGAGUUCGUGAGGACGAGAAACUUGAUGAGGCCGCGUCGACUUAGGGAAGCUUUGGACUUCGCAAGGCGGCAGGGGCAAAAGGAGAAGCGAAGGCUGUAUCUUGAAUCGAUGCUGGAGAGCGAGCCCAGGAACAAACUGGCGACAGAAGAAGUUUUCGGGACUGAUGCAAUGAAGAAGAAACAUAACCAUAAAUUGCGUAACCGCCGAUCGCAAGGCUCAAAGGCUUAA